GGCAGGUCUGAUCUAGUCCCGCGCGGCACGUGAUCCCCGACGCGGAGCUUACGGGACGCCCAGCUCCGGCGAGCACCUGGACGGCGGUCACCAAGCUCCUCCCUUCCAGCCUCCUGGAAAGCGAUCCCCGACGGGGCAGCCACCGGAGCGGAGGAAGAGGGAGGCUUCGGGCGUUAGGUGCCAGGGAGAAGCCGUCGUUCUCCGCUCGGAUCCGAAGAUCCUGGUCUCCCGAACGGGCCCGAAAACUCAGGCGCGACUCAGCAUGGCUUUUGGAAAGAGUCAGAAGGAUGCCUUCGGCACCCCCGUGGGCCACCUGAUCGCGAAAGCUACUUUUGGAGCCUUGCAGACAGAAGAAUGGGGUCAGUUUAUGCAUAUUUGUGACCUUAUCAACACCACUGAGGAAGGACCCAAGGAGGCAGUGAGAGCACUUAGGAAAAGGCUUUCCAAAAACUGUAAUCAUGUGGAGAUUCAUCUUACCUUGUCCGUAAGUACAACAU